AUGGUCUCGAUUGGAGAAGCUCCAACAAGAGGCAGUGCAGCAGCCACUGCUAGUUUGCGUAGGCGGAGAACAGGUGGCGGCGGUGCUUCUGCAGGAGGAGCUGCACAAAAAAUGCUACAGUUCUACACCGAUGACAAUAUUGGCCUCAAGAUAUCUCCCAACACUGUGCUUAUCAUGAGUGUGGGAUUCAUCGUUGUUGUUGCAUUGAUGCAUGUGUUUGCUAAGUUGUAUCUGGUUGGCACCUAA